AUAAAUGGGGACAUGGGAGUAAUGGAAUUUUCUUCAAAACGGGUAUAGAAUCAAUGGACUGAAUAGCUCCUUAUCAGUUGUAAAGAAACCGUGAAUUUGGUGUCGUCAAUUUUUUUUGUGGGAAUCCUCAGGAAUCUUUGAUUGAACUCUAAGAACACGUCUGCGCACAUUUUGAGACCUGAUUGCCUUGUUACUUCAUCAAGUUUCCUGGUUUCAUUUUAAUCAGCGGCAAUUCUACAUGGCAUGCAGCCACGUUUAUCCUGCCAGAAUCAAAGUGGAUCCAAGUUCACUUGCAUAUAUUUGCGUUGCAAACAUCGUGAGGCAGUUGUAUUGGCACAAGCACAAUAUCAUUUAACAGACACGGGGCAUUUAAGAAAUUGGCUCGCAGGGAUUUACUGCAGGCUGAGCGAAUGGAAGUGUAUCAAAGCUCACAGCUCCAAUCAGACGCGAGCAGCGGCGGGACAAGGGGCUCAAGUUCGCAGUGAGUCACGGGAGCUGUAGUCCAUGGCUUCAUUGAGUGGACGUGCCGGCCGAGUGCGGGGACCACAGUUCCCAGAAGGUGCCGGGAGGAGGUGGACAGAGUGUCCAGUCGCCUCCUCCGCUUGCAGCCUCCGCUCGGGUUGGCGACAACGUUUUUCGUCUUGGCGUUUUGCACAUGGUAACGUGCGGCCACAAUACCGUCAGACUGUUUUGGAAAUGGCGCAGGCAAUAUUUUGCAAUACCAGCGUUUAAAACAGAACCCAAAAGAACCUCAUGUAUUAAAAUAGCCUCCUGGACUGCGGUGUUUGCGGCUCCUCGGUGUGUGCGUUUUCUUUUCUAUCCUGUCUUUUUUUUUGCUGGAGAUCCUAUUGACUGCUGGAGAUUGGGGAGCACAGUUGAAUCGCCGCUCAAACAGGGAGGCAGCUCUGACACGGGAACUGUGGUGCUCGAUACUUUUAUAUUGCCCGAAUCAUCGAGUUGGAAACAUUUGUAUCGCAGCCUGUGGGUGCUGGAUGGCCAGCGGCUGUCCACACGCACACACGGUCUGCCCCAAGAGGGGGAUUUGACGGAGUAAAGGUAACUAACACUCCGUAUUUGACAGUUCAGGAAGUGGUUUGAAAUGGGCAAUACCGCCACUACAUGUAAAAGACUGCCGAUGUGUCAGCAUUGAAUUCUACAAGAAACAACGGCAGAUACAUCGAGAAUGGCAUCAAGUAACUCGAGUUUAUCUGGUUCAUCAGUUUCUUCAGAUGCUGAAGAAUAUCAACCACCGAUAUGGAAAUCGUACUUGUAUCAAUUACAGCAGGAAGCCCCACGUCCGAAGAGAAUGACUUGUCCACGAGAGGUUGAAAACAGACCAAAGUACUAUGGAAGAGAGUUCCACGGGAUGAUAUCUCGUGAGCAGGCCGAUGAACAGCUUGGUGGAGUCGAGGGAGCUUAUCUCAUCAGAGAGAGUCAACGUCAGCCAGGUAGCAACACAUUGGCUCUGAGAUUUGGAUAUCAGACUUUAAACUACAGAUUAUUCUAUGAUGGAAAGCACUUUGUAGGAGAGAAGCGAUUUGAGUCGAUCCACGAUCUAGUGACUGAUGGCUUGAUAACACUUUACAUAGAAACUAAAGCAUCUGAGUAUAUUUCAAAGAUGACCACAAAUCCCAUCUAUGAGCACAUUGGAUAUGCCACAUUGUUGAGAGAACAAACUUCAAAGAGACUGAUCAAAACAAAGCAUGACAGUAGGAAGGUGUCCUUGGUAAAUGAUGAAAACAGUUCCGUUGAUAAGAUUACCUCACUUGUCAGAAGAGCUGCCUUGAAACAAAAUGAGAACAACUUCAAUUAUGAAAAAGCUCACAAUUUUAAGGUCCAUACAUUCAGAGGUCCUCACUGGUGUGAAUACUGUGCCAACUUUAUGUGGGGCUUGAUCGCUCAGGGAGUGAGAUGUUCAGAUUGUGGCUUGAAUGUACAUAAGCAGUGUUCGAAAUUUGUACCCAAUGACUGUCAGCCUGACCUCAAAAGAAUCAAGAAGGUGUACAGUUGUGACCUGACAACGCUGGUAAAAGCACACAACACACAGAGACCUAUGGUUGUGGACAUGUGCAUUCAGGAGAUCGAAACUCGAGGUUUGAAAUCUGAGGGGCUUUACAGGGUGUCUGGAUUUACUGAGCACAUAGAAGAUGUUAAAAUGUCAUUUGAUCGAGAUGGUGACAAAGCUGACAUCUCUGCCACUAUGUAUGCGGAUGUCAACAUUAUUGCUGGUGCCCUUAAGCUGUAUUUUAGAGAUUUGCCGAUUCCUGUCAUCACUUAUGAUUCUUAUCAUAAAUUCAUUGAAUCUUCUAAAAUUACUAACCCAGAUGACAGGCUGGAGGCGAUUCAUGAAUCUUUAAUGUUACUACCUCCUGCACAUUAUGAAACAUUGCGACAUUUGAUGACUCAUCUGAAAAAGAUCAUUUUACUUGAAAAGGAUAAUUUGAUGAAUGCGGAAAACCUUGGAACUGUUUUUGGGCCAACGUUAAUGCGACCUCCUGAACAAAAUACUCUGGCUACGUUGAAUGAUAUACGAUACCAGAGACUGAUAGUCCAGCUCCUGAUUGAAAAUGAAGAUGUCUUGUUCUGAGAAAUGAAAGCAGUAUGAAGUAAAACCAACACUUUAGUUACUAUUUGUGACUGAGUUGCAGAGGUACAGCUAUAGUCCUUAUAGGUUGGAUGUGUGGACAAAGAAGUCUGUGAUGCUGCAGAUAUAACAUUCCCCGUAGUCUGUUUUUGUUUUAGGAAGCACAUCUUUAAAUAAAAUAAUAGGGAUUGAUUUUCAAACAAAUCCUAUUACUCUAUAUGCUUUUGAACAUCAUUAGGACAGUUAUAUAAGGAAAAGCAAAGCAACAUUAUUGAGCAACUUCCACAAGCUACAGAGUUGUUUUUCAUUGUUCCAUUUAAAAUAUAUAUAUAAUAUAUAUAUAUAUAUAUAUAAAGGUAAAUACGCUCAAUCAGAAAAGCCAGUAAUCAAACUCCACUCCAAAGUUAGCUUGGUGCGAAGAGAGUGUAUUUUUUAUUUGUAAUGAUAUAUUUACCAGUUUUGUAUUUGAAUUAUAUCACAGAAUUUUGAAUUGCACUAAGUGUCUACAAAUUGGUAUAUCAACUAAUUUAUACUGAUACAUUUAGCAAGAUUCAUUAAAUUAAAGAGAUUUGUGCUGCAUAUUACAAAAUAUCAGACUAAUAUACCACAAAUGAUCGAUUUAAAAAAAAAUCUGGAAAAUCUCUGCAUUGCACAUGCUGCAGUAAAGGAUGGCAUUCUAAAAACAUAUUCUUAAUCUGUAAUGAUCAUUUUUCCUCUUCAGCUCAGAGCUCCCUGACUAUUUACUAAGUGCACAGUGAGAACUGGACUAAUUGUUACAUUACUGUAUUUAGGACUGGCGCCUAUUGAUUCACGGAAGGCAUUUAAUUGUGUAUAUGUAUAAAGCUAUACUUAGUUAUCAGUCUGGUAAAAGUAGCAGAAAGUCACCAAAGUUAUAUGUGUAGAAGGAAGGAUCAUCUGUUGUUCUUCCAUUUUAUUGUGAGCGUUUGUUAUGUUCAUGUUAUGAUUCCUAAAUAGACCACAUCAAAAACUGUCAAACAGAAUCUUCAGAGUAAAUUCCCUUGAUCCAUCACUUUGGUUAAAAAUGCUUGUGAAUCAUUUAUAUUUUGCAAUGGCACGUUUAUAUGAGACUGCAACUGUGAUCCCUUGAGGCUGUUAAUUCAUCUUUUGAAACUGGAUAAAUGUUUUCCUGUUGUGUUCUGUGGAUAUAAAUUUAAUGGUUUUCAAAUACAAGUAUUGUUUAUGUAUAAAUCAAAUGCUGCAGUUGUUUAAAAUUCCUUUUUUUAUUCCUUUCUGAGAUGUAAAUUGUGAUUGCUUUGGUGAACUUACCAUAAUCAUUGGUACCUGCAAAUGAAAUGUCUUCCAUUGAAAACCUUGGCUAUUUUAUUUCUCUUCUAGUAAUGUGCAAAAUUGAUACCAGAUUUAUGGUGUAAAUUAAAUAAAUGUAGUGAAAAAAUGUAUUAAAUGUGCCAUUAAAUUCAAAUGCAGAAAA